UUGGAGCUCGCCCCGCUGGGAAGGCCCAUACCAAGUGCUUAUCACCACACCAACCGCCUGUAAGAUAGCAGAGAGACCAUCUUGGAUUCACCAAAGUCACUGCAAGAAAGUGAGUGACAGCCCAGACUCAUAGACUCCAGCACCCCUACCUUCUGGUGAUCUACCUGGUGAAGAGAGGGCUGAUUGGGUAUAUCCCGCCCUCUACUUCUCGCCAGUAGUCUACUCACCCGAGGAUCUAGGUGUGUUUGGCUGUCAUGAAGACACUCGCCGUCCUAGCAGUUGUCCUCCUGCUCCUAGCAGGACUCCUCGCACUUUUCGAGGACAAUAAAGAAUAAAACACAAGCCAAACGUGCCGCCAGCUUUUCGGGUGUUGGCUAUCAGCAUAAUAAAAUCAUCAUCAACGAGACAAGCUCAUCUACCAUCUACUCGCUUAACUUCCUUAGUAUCUUUCAGGGACCACCCCAACACGAGAUAAUCACCAUUGAAGACGCUGGACUUGACAAUGGAACGUGUGAUCAACUUUUCUGGAUCAACUUCAACGUGACGAACCGGAACACAUCCAUUCACUUCCCAGUGUUCUUGGACCAAACCCCAGGGAAGAACCACUCCAUGUGCUACCGACAAGACAACGGUAACAGACCGCUGGGAAACACCACUAAUUGUAAUCGGACCGCUGGAAACGGAGAAGGUGCCCCUGUGAACACAGCCAACCCCUCUAAUGGCACCUACUGGGUGCAAGGAAUGGCCUGGCUGUGUGGACGACGUGCCUAUUUCAUACUGCCCCCAGGAUGGACUGGCAUCUGCGCCCCAAUCUUCAUCUCUGACCACACCUUCAGAAUAACUACGGGAAACGCCACGAGGACUCGACGACGAAGAGAUGUCUCUGCAGUGCAGCCACAGGACCCCAGGGCACGCUUCAGGCCGUGGUUUACCCAAAACACCAGAACAGGACCAUGAAGCUCAUCAUCCUGAAUGACUACGACCAGGCGAGCGAAUGGGCAGCAAAGUACAUUAGAAACAAGAUUUUGCAGUUCAGCCCUGGCCCCAACAAAUACUUCACUCUGGGACUCCCUACAGGAGGCACCCCUUUAGGUUGUUAUAAGAAGCUGAUUGAAUACUACAAAAAUGGAGCUCUAUCAUUCCAGUACGUGAAGACUUUCAACAUGGAUGAAUAUGUAGGACUUCCCAGAGAUCAUCCUGAGAGCUACCACUCCUUCAUGUGGAAUAACUUCUUCAAGCACAUAGAUAUAAAAGCAGAGAACACGCACAUCCUCGAUGGCAACGCUGCCGACCUGCAGGCAGAGUGUGAUGCCUUUGAGAAGAAGAUAACAGCUGCUGGGGGGAUUCAGCUGUUUGUUGGAGGUAUUGGACCUGAUGGCCACAUUGCAUUUAAUGAGCCUGGUUCAAGUCUGGUAUCCAGGACCAGGGUGAAGACGCUGGCGAAGGACACCAUUAUGGCCAAUGCCCGAUUCUUUGAUGGCGACCUCUCAAAAGUCCCCACCAUGGCGCUGACGUUGGGAGUGGGCACUGUAGAAGAUUGGAAAAUUGUUGCCUGUUCUUCAUAUUCUAUAAAAUAAUAUGUUUUUAGUUGCUGUCUGUGAGGCCCACAUUUAAUGAGCUGGAUUUACAAAAACAUAGUUAAGUAUUUCAGCUGAGCCCAUGAUAAUGCAGAAUAACACUGGCGGGGAAUUUUUCACUUGAAUGAAUACUUUUAAUUUUGAAAAUUUAAAUUGGAUUUUUUUUUAAUACAUUUUAAAAUUUGUGCAGUUUAUUUGUAGUAUAAUUUAGUAUUGUAGGUACUUUCAUAAAACACGUAAACAAUUCCUCAUCACUCUUCAUUGUCGUUUAGUGGUUAAAGGAUUGUCAUGAUAGUGAGAUGUUGCUAAUGAAGCUGUAAAACUUGGGAAGGCCACAUAAGAGUACAAAUCUGUGAUUUAGUUAUAAAAUAGCAUAUUUUAUUGUACCUGGUGUACCAGGUAACUGAAAGUGAUAUUGCUGCAGGGUGAACUACAGUAUAAUUAUUACCUAGAAUUAAUCUCACUGGAUCUCCUGAGUACGUGUAACUGUAAAAUACAGACAAGGAAAAGCCACCAGGACGUGUCCGAGGGAUUGGCUGUGUUAGCUCAGCGAGAGAGUUAUUUGUAAAGAAAACAAUUUUCACUAGCAGUCAAAAACUAACGUGUACACUUAUGUCUGCAUUUUUAUUUUGUUAAAUAGAAGCAAAAUUAAAAGUGCUGGCAUGUGUCUGGCCAUAAAGAGAGUACCAAUUUGUUUUUUUUGGUAGUCAAUGACAGGCUUCAGUUAGUUAAGAGUGAGAAAAAAAUGUGUUGACAUUUGCAGUUUUUUCUUGCUAUACAAUAUUUGAAAUUUAAAAAAAAAAAACAUUUUCAGAAAUAUUUGUGGAUGUUUUCUUGUUUGUUUGUUUCUUGUACUACUUAAACACUAAAGUGGGCCUGCAAUUAA